ACGCCUAUUGGGUUGUUUGAAAGAGCAAGGGACGCAACGCCACCAUUUAAAUCUUUUAAAAAGUCGUGUGUUCCUGUUUAUCUGAAGGUGAAGCUGCUAGUGAAAGGGGCUAAAAGCAUACGGUUCGGCGUCUGGCUUUGACUCGUUUAAGGUAACUUAUAAGAAUUAUGGGGACAAGUGAGAGCAAGAUGGCCGCAUCUGCAGAGACAAAACCAGAACCAGCCAUCAAAAAGACACACGCGAGUCAUCUGAUAGACCCACGCUCUCCCUCAGCUGGGAUUGAUCGAACACCUAUUCAGGUUUGUGGACAGGAGUCCAACACUACUGCAGCAUUGAAAAGUGAGUGUGCGCUGGCCUCAAACGAUCCCCGCUCACCUACUAUUGGUAUCACCCGCACCCCUAUGAGAGAAAUCAUGAGAGUGACCGUUGGGUCUUUUGCUCGCCGCCUGGGCAUGCUCUUCCAUAAUGAGGCUGAAGGCAAAGUCCCUGAAGCCCCUCAGAAACGCUUUAGUGAUCCUGUAGAUGAGGUCAUCAGAGAUGAAGAGCUGUCCUCAACCGAGCCGCUUCUCACUCCUCGCCAAACAAAUGAUUUAAGCUCUUUAGCUAAACAUGCAAACCUCUUGGCCACUCCUGUCCCAACCCCUCAGCAGUUUGUUGGCAACUCAAGCCCCUUUGAGCUUCUCUGGGACCCUCGGGUGGAAGUGGAGAUUGAGACUGAAGCAGAUAUUAGCCUGGAGGAGGCAGAAGAAGCAAGAGAGACCCCAUUGCACAAGAGACUGAGCAUGAGCCUUAUAACAUGCCAUGAGGGAGCAACUUCGUCUCAGGUCUUUGUUGAUGUUCACCGUGAAAGUCCUGCUUUCUCAGAACCUAAUGUGGACAAGGACCAACUCGGGGAUUCCGUGGAUCACUCAUACGCCCUUCCUUCUAUUACAGUCCAGCCAGAGUUCUCCACUGAGUCUCUAGAGGAAGCACAGAGACAGCCAUCCCCUCAGGAAACUAAAUCCUCUCUGCCUCCCUCAGAGCAACCAGCUGUCCCCAACCCAAAGCAGCUACCGGUGUGCACAGGUAUCCGCUGCCCUUCCUUCGACACAAAGAGUCCAAGUCAGCUGGUGUUCAAGCCACAGUGGUUGGGGAAAGGUUUUGGUGCCACUGGGCUACGAUCCAGAGGAGUGCAGGGGAACAAAGGGGGCUCGUCGCCUCUCGCUGUCCAUGUGGCGGUAAAGAACGUAAACAAUGAAAACAAGGGGCAGACUGGAAAACUGAAGCCAAAAGGUACUGAAGGCCGCUCUCCACUGCAGAUCCUUAAGGAGACCAACUCUCCCUGCGACAAACGUUCUCAGAUGAAGCUAAAGGUGUCCAAUCAGUCCAAGCAGAGACUUGGACAUACGGGCCACAGAGUGUUGGCAAUGUCUCUGGAUAAGGAGAACCAUUAAAGGAAGAUGUACAAAAUUUGCCCUCUUAUACUUUUCUUUAAAAUAUGCUUUUUAUGUGUAUAGCUAUUGGAAACCUAUGUUUGGAGUAUGUGUAUAUAUGACUUACCUGCUUCAGUUUUCUACUUUGUUUAGUAUUUAACCAUUUUCUGUUCUUAACUUCCUUUUUUUUUUUUUUUUUUUUAUGCUUGUGCUUUACAUACUUUUCUUCUGGGACCUUUUUAAAACAUUUCUGCAAUAUGAAAGUUGUAAAAAUCUUUUUAUCAACAGAAUAAAGAUUUAACACUAAAUGUUCA